CGCGUUUUGGGCGCAUGCGCAAAGCGUUAGCGUUAGCGUGUAGCAGUGUUUUGCUAACAAGCUAGUUUUUGUUUUUAAUUGCGGUAAUUUCUUAUGUGUUUUUUCUUACUUUGAAACGGUUUAGUUCAUGUACUGUUUGCGUCAUGGUUUUAUGAGAGUAGCGUUAUUUAAAUACUCCGAAUGUAGCUCUAGGGGAAGUUUGUGUUCUUCGUUUACAGUAACGUCUGAAUUCAGAGGAGUUUCUCUUAUAAACAAGAUGCCAAAGAAAGAAAAAACGACCAAAAAUGCACAGACCAAGAAGCAGUCAGAAACCCCGUCAGGUCCAGUUUCGACGCUUAAAGACGGUGGACUUGCAAUAUCAAUACACGCCAAACCCGGAGCAAAGCAAAAUGCUGUCACAGAUGUGAGCUCGGAGGCAGUGGGGGUCGCUAUUGCUGCACCCCCAACAGACGGCGAGGCCAACGCAGAACUCGUGCGCUAUCUGUGCAAAGUCCUGGUGCUGAAAAAGAGUGAAGUCACGCUGGAUAAGGGAAGUAAAUCCAGAGAAAAAGUCAUUAAAGUCACUGCAUCGAUUAGUCAAGAGGACGUUCUGGAGAGACUAAAGCAGGAAGCUGCUGGCUGAAGCAAAAUACUAAAGCAAGAGUUCUCAGACAAUUUUUCCAAGGGACACAUGUUAUUAUAAAAUAAAUUCCACUGAACCUC